AAAUUUGAAGCGUAAUGGCUCCCUGUCAUUUCACUGAAAGGUUAUUUUCGUGAUUUUGUGCGGAAUUUUAGAAAGAUUUGUCACAGUAAUUUUUUACAUUCUCUGAAUGAAUUAACUUUUUUAUCACGAGCACAAGGAAUAUCCCGAAUGACUUUUUCUUAGGUUUAGUUGGCGCGGUAUAUACGCGUUUAAUGUGCUUGAUGUGACGAAUGACAAAUUUGAGAUAAACUAUCAGAAUGGCCAUGGCAAUGCGUAAAAGAAGUGGCUCUGGUUCAAAGCGCCAGCACAAGGGAAAGCUUGUUCCAAUUUAUGAAAGUUUUUUUAAAGGAGAGGAUCUGACAUUAGCUCAUCCAAACUUUUGGAAUGAAUUAUUCCUUAUCAAACCAAUGGUUCCUCACAUUGAAAGUGAAAUUUUGCGGAUGACAACAGACCAGUUAAAUGCCAGCAGAGAAAACCUAAAUGCCUUAGUAUGUCACUGUGUCGAUACUCUCGUGGACGAGCAUCCUUUUCGCGUGGUGUAUGCCCUGCAAACUUUAGCUGCUGUUAUACAAUCGAUGUACAAAAAAGCUAGUCAGGGUGACUGUGGUUUCAACCUAAUAGACAUUUUAGUGGGAUUUGAUUCUGCAGAGCAGAGAAUGACGACUCUUAUGCAGCACUGUAACAAUUUCUUGACUGGAGAGUAUCCAGAUAGUUUAAAAGCUUUGUGCUUGAAACUUUUGCUUAUUAUUGUCACUGGAAUGGAUAAUGUUAGCCAGAAUACCUUACUGGAGUAUGUGAUGCUAAACAGUGUCUUUGAAUCAUUGGUGCAAUUACUAAGAGACACUUCAGCAAGAAAUCGACAUGGACAUGACGCAGUUUUGCUUUUGACACUUCUAGUCAAUUACAGAAAACACGAAAGUGCUAAUCCUUAUAUUGUCAAGCUUUCAAUUUUGGAUGAUGAGCUAGCUUUAAAUGGAUAUGGUCAAAUAAUAUCGAGUUCAUUGACAGAUUUUUGCAGACAGUUUGCUCAACAAAGAGCAGAGGUUCAGGCAUCCUGGCUAUCCUCAUUAACGAGCAUAGUAGGAAAUAUGUUUGUUGGCGAGGAAGAAGCAAAAACGCAACAAAUUCGAGCAAACAAUGCUCUGCUAUUGGCUUUAUACGAGGCAACACAUUUAAAUAGAAAUUUUGUGACUACUUUGGCCUAUACUCAGAGUGAUACCAGUGCACCACCUUCGCCUAAUAAUACUCUGGGUCCAAAUGCAGUUGCACCAGGUGCUCAGCCACCUGAUGUUAUGGCACAGCCGUUUAAUCUGCUUGCAACAUUUUUCCAAUAUUGCUCGAUAGUUAUGCAAGUAAUGAGGACAGAGGCGAUAGUGAACAACGUUAAACUGUGCUUCCUGAUACUUAGCUGCAUUGCCGAAGACCAAUAUGCUAAUAGCUUAAUGCACGAUGCAAAUUUGGCUUUUAGAGUACAGUUGCAUCGAGUUCCGAUGCACCACAGGAAGUUGCAAGACAAAUUUGCUCCUACUCAACCCCUAGCGGCUACCCUACUUGAUCUACUGGUUGAAUUUGUCACAUCUCACAUGAUGAAAAAAUUUCCACUGGAGUUAUAUCUCCAGUGUAUAGGUGUACUCCAAAGGCUGCUUUGCUAUCAAAAGAGGUGUAGAGUACGAUUAGGAUAUCAAUGGCGCGAUUUAUGGACAGCUCUGAUCAAUCUCUUAAAAUUCUUAACUACUCAUGAAAAUCAUUUGGUUAAGAAAAUGAAUAUCUUUCCUCUCGCUAUACAGGUUGUAAACAUCCUGAAUCUAUUUAUUACUUACGGAGAUACCUUCCUAUCUUCUCCAAGUAGUUACGACGAACUCUUCUAUGAGAUCAUUAGAAUGCGCCUUAUCUUUACUAAUCUUAAUGCAAUGGCUUUAAGAUAUUCCACGAGUGAAUCCUACGAGUACAAGGAACACGCGCUUAAGCUCGCCAACUGUCUUGUCAAUAUGCGAGACAUCGUGAAUCAUUUCCCACCAAAGAUAGCUGAAUGGCUAGCAAGUGAAAGUCUUUCGACUCCUACAGAACAGCAAAUUUUGACAGUCAUCAUUCAAAAUUAUGACAGUCUAACGCUAAAGCUCCAGGAUAAUUUGGAUCAAUACGAAAGAUACACAGAGAAACCAAAACAUACAUCAUUCUUCGAAGAAAUGUAUUGCUUCUUCAGGUUACCGGGGUAGUUAUGGAUACUCGUGGAUCAAUAGAUCUAAGUGCUUUGGAUACGCAAGCCAUUCUGCAGGAGUUAUCAAGUAUUUCGUAACAAUGGAUGAAGACCGAAGCGUUCGAUUCAAUAUGUACAAUGUGUAUUGUGACACCAUUAAUAAUACUUGCUCGUAUUUGUGCUUAUAUGCUGCAAAAAGAGUGUUUAGUGCCAUGCUCGCGAGUUUUCGUAAAUUAUGUGACAGCGAGCGAGGAUGGAAUUUUGGAUAGACUCUGUAUUAACAAAAUCGUGUUUUAUAUUCCCAAUGUGCUGUGACAUAUGGUUUUUCCUCAUCUAGGAGGAGCCAAUUACUUAUUUCGGGAAGAUUCAUCUAUCUCCUUAAACUUUUGUAUAAUUACAUAAUUUGGACUACAAUGUUCAUUAAAGAAAGUAUUGAGAAAUUAAAUGGUUUUGCGAAAAUCCGACCAAUAUAAGAUACGUCGUGGAGUAUUGUAAAUCGAUGCAAGAGAUUUGAGAGUAAUAAAAUAAAUAUUCAAAUGAU